UAUCUCCUGGGACUCGCUUCUGCAGUACAGGAGGAUUAAAGCUUUUUAUGAAGCAUUUUUGCUGCCCAAGAUGUGUGCAGUAGCAGCUUGUGCCAUUUUCCACAACAAAGCCAAUGGACUAACAUCAGCCAGCAGAUAUGCUGUUGAAAGAUCUUCCCAGAGAGGCCCUGAUGCGGCCAUUGUCCAGGAAUGAGGUACUGGGCAUGUUGGUGAGGCUGACCAUCUUUGGUGCAGCCACAUACUACAGCAUCAAAUGGGUGGUAGAAGCAAUGGACCCUACCUCUAAACAGAAAAGUCAAGCCAAGAAAAGGGCAGAACAGCUGAUGAAAAGGAUAGGUGUUGAAGGGGUCAAACUAACAGAAUAUGAGAUGAAUAUUGCAUCUCACCUUGUUGAUCCGCAGACUAUGAAGGUGUCUUGGAGAGAUAUUGCAGGUUUGGAUGAGGUCAUAUAUGAGCUGCAAGACACAGUUAUUCUGCCUUUUCAAAAGAGACAUCUUUUACCUGAAUCCAAACUCUUCCAGCCACCUAAAGGUGUUUUAUUGUUUGGUCCUCCGGGAUGUGGGAAGACCAUGAUUGCCAAGGCAACAGCCAAAGCCUCAGGUUGCAAGUUUAUUAACCUUCAGGCCUCCACUCUGACAGACAUGUGGUAUGGUGAAUCCCAGAAGCUGACUGCUGCAGUCUUCUCUUUAGCUGUCAAAAUUCAGCCUUGUAUUGUCUUCAUUGAUGAAAUUGAGUCAUUUCUGAGAAACCGCUCCAGCUUGGAUCAUGAGGCCACAGCCAUGAUGAAAGCCCAGUUCAUGAGCCUGUGGGAUGGACUUGACACCUCUUUAAGCACCCAGGUGAUGGUGAUGGGAGCUACAAACAGGCCACAAGAUGUGGAUCCAGCUAUUCUGCGCCGGAUGCCAGCCACAUUUCACGUUGGCCUUCCAAACAUGAGGCAGAGACAAGACAUCCUGAAGCUGAUUUUAUCAGGAGAAAAUCUGAGUAAUGCUAUUAAUCUGAGGGAGAUUGCAGAGAAGACAGAAGGCUACUCUGGCAGCGACCUCAGAGAGCUUUGCCGCGAUGCAGCCAUGUACCGUGUCCGGGACUACGUCCGCAAGGAACAGAUGAGGCAGAUUGCACAGCAGCUACAGGACCGCCUAGAGGAGGACAAGCCUGUGGAUGAGGAGCUGUUGCGGCCGGUCACCCAGCUGGACCUCCUCUUCGGCUUGGACAAGAUGAAGGAAUCCAAACAGGCCACAGCCUGCAUGUUAACCAGCGUGUCAGAGGUUCCUCUGGACUGACCACCACUGAAGGGACACGUUUUUUUCUCCUCUUUUAUCAGUGUGUUCUGAUUCUCCAAGCAGAGACUUGGCUAAAUUAUGAGAAGUACUAUUGGAAAAGCCAGCAGACAACCGUUAAUGUUCUUCAGCUAACAGAGUUUUUCUGAGCAUGCUCAUUUUCAACACAGCCCUGUUUGCAUGAGUACAGGGAUCCAUACUGGCUGCUGACAUGCUCCACUGGACAACUGUCAGGGUCUUGCUCAAGAGCACUGUCACUAUUUGUUUCAAGGAGCCAUUAAACUUAACAAUUCAUGAUUGCACAAAUUAUGCAAACUGCUAAAAGAUCUCAUCCGCCAGCCAACAACUGACAUACACAUGAUGAGGACCUGCGAGGUUGCGUGACUGAAGGGACUCUGGUAAUCACUGCAAGUGUAUGGACUGAAUCAUUUUGGGCAUUUUAGAGGAAAUGAUUUGCCUAAUCCCGCUGCUCCCAAAUCUCCCAUCAUAUUCUCUGCAACAGUUGGAUGAUACCAAACUUCUCUUUAUCCAGUAAUAGUUUAGCAAAAACUAACUGUUUAGGAACGUCACAAAUCAUUAAAAAAAUCUGUGUAUAUAAAAUACUCUCUUUAAACAUAAGAUUUAAAUUUGUCUUCGCUCAGCUUCAUUCCCACUUUAUGCUCCUUCCUCUAGACCCGGUACUGAGAGUUGCUGUCUUCUCGCUGAUGUAGUGCUUGUACUUCUUAAACAUUUAAUGUCAUCAGUAUUUUUUCUCUGGGGCUGAAAAGCACUCGUUUUUUUUUCGUUUUUUUUUGGUAGCUUCUUUUGGGGGGCUGAUGUAAGGUUGUAAAUCUGCAUACAGUACUAAAUGUGUAAAAUUGCUGCUCCCGAGGAGCAUUAUGUCAGAAUGUUUUUUUUGAAAAUACAACAUAUAGCUGGUAAAUGUUUGUUAUUAGACCUAAAGACUUAUUAGCAGAAAAGCACAGCACAUCAGGCCAAAUUAAACAUUUAAUAUCAGACCUGUUAUUGUAAUAUUAACAAAUUCUAAUGAAAAAAGUAGUGCUUUGUGGUGGAAUGUAGACCGUUUUAUAAGCAAGCAAAACUUAAGUUCAGAUGUUGUGCUGCAGUGCAGUUAUUUUUAGAGGUAUAAGCAGAUGCAGAUGUAUUGUCAUGUGCAAAGAAGGUUUCCACUUGAAACACGGUCAGAAAAAUGCAUGCCGUGGGCAGCAGUACAACAGACCUUUAAAUCUUUUCAUUUAAGUAAUGGCUAUUAAUUACUGAAUAGCUGUAAAGAAAAAUGCUUACCUGGCUUAUCACUACACAGUAAAAACGACAUUUUAGGGGAGACUUUAUGUUAAGACUUUGAAAAGAAACAGCUAAUAUGUCCUCAUGUGAAAAUGUGCCAGUGUUUUUAAUCAGAAGUUGCUGUCAUUUUCAUUUAUCAUUGUCAUUGAAACCCAUAGUUUUACUGUCAGUGUUUCACUGAUGAACUUUUCAUGCAUCAAUCAAAAGCUGACAGCAAUUGUCCUCACUGCAGCACACGUCGGCUCAUUUUGAGCAAGCAUGCCUUUCAAAUCCAUAUGCUUUCAAUCAGCUGUCGGUCAGGAGUUGUGGUGACUUGUUUUUUUAUUUUAUUAUUUUUAUUAUUUUAAAAUCCUCCCUGUUGUAUGAAAAUCCUGAUUGUGUGAGAUGUACUAGCAGCAUGCACCCGUUUGUCCCCCAUGUUCGUCAUCCACCAUGUAGUGGCACUGUUGCUUCAGUAUCACUAAGAGGCAGUCGUUACAAAUUGCUUUUAUUUAGAGCCUUUUUAUUGGAUUAUGUUGAAAAACAGAGAACCCGCAUACUGGGUCGUUUCUCUUUUAUUGGUUUAUCCAUUGAUGUUUAGACAUCGGUUGCUCUUCAUUAAAGAACCUCAGGUGAUUGUUAAAGGUCAGAAUGUUGCUAUUUAAUCUAAUGCUGCUUUCAGGUCUGUGUUACCUUUCUUGGAGGAAGGUAACGCAUGUGUAAAUGUUCUCUACUAAUGCAAUAUCACUCUUAAGGUCCCUCAUCAGUAGUGUGGCAUUGAAAUGUUGCGUACUGUGUGUGUGUUUAACAGGAAAUAUAAAAUAUCUACUGUAUUUAUUAAAUUACAUCAAACAAAAAUUGCUCUUAUUUUUAACUAACUUAGCUGUUUCAGCAUGGACUACAACCUGUUUUUUUUUGUCCCUUUGUUAGCCUGACAACCUCAUAUUUGCUAAUAUAAAGUCCUCCUGAUUUCAGGCGCGAUAGUUUUAAUGCUCAAGUUAAUGUAAAUUAUUGAAAUGGAUAUCUCACUUAUGGCUUAUUAUAGCACAAGAUCAGAUAAUAUAAUCACAGUAUGUAAAGAACAAUAAAAUCAGUCAAAUUCUUCCCUCUUUAUUGUAAAUCUAGUCUCAUAUUUUUGUUAAUGAAUUGCAGUAAAAAGAGUCUAAACAUAAAAUGUGUUCAAAAGUAAACAAAUGAUACAGGGAGAAACAUUUGCUGUCAGUCCAAUGCCAGCUGAACUAAAAUGACUUGAAAUA